CAAGCUCCACUCAGAUCCCAAGUACAUCUCUCAAUCGCCAUAUUGGGUACUGAGGUUCGUCCGCAGUUCCUCUCACUACGGGACGAAAUUGACAGAGCGGCUUCAGUUCCUGGGCACUUUGUUUUGAUGUUCCGCGGACACUACUGUCGGCUUCAAAACACCGCGGCCAUUACCGUCUCCAGCCCGACGUAUGCAUGGCAUAAGUCGUUUUACGCUUGUUUUGGAUCUUGCUCAGCGACGAGGAGAUACCCGUUGUUUUUGAGCCUUGUGUUUUUUCUUGUGAAAACUGGACGCUCCUGGCUAUUUUGAAAAAUCUAGUUUGUCUUUGAGGGGGGGUGGAAAAUGUCAGAUGUUCGACUAUCAAACGGGAGCCCGACAUUGGAGCGGACGGACUCCCGGGUGUCGGAUCACCCGAAACCGUCAGCGUGCAGAAGCCUCUUCGGCUCGUUGGACCACGAAGAGUUAAAGAGGGAUUUAAAGGGACAUUUGCGAGAGAUGGAAGAGGCUGCCUCCGCCAAGUGGGGCUUCGACUUCGCCAAUCACACGCCGCUGUCCAACAGCAGGCUCGACUGGGAAUUAGUUGAUUGCAAAGACGUCCCGAAUUUCUACAACAGGCAACCGCGGAGGGAGAAGGGCGUCUGCUCUGCUGGGAAUACCAAUGUGGAUCUAAAUGGGAAUCAUAAUUGUGUUGUGGUGCCUCCGAGCGAGGGGAGCGACAGGUCUGACGGGCCGAUGGAGUGCACGGAAAAGUGCCCCGGGCUGAGGAAAAGAGCUGCGUUUCAUGAGCCCUCGGUCCAGAAUAAGAGGUCACACACCAGCUCAGAUGAGGUCACCUGUCCAAGCCUGAGCCACUCGACAGAACACACACCCAGAAAGACCAGUCCCAGGAGGCAAACGUGAGGACGAGAAACGAGCCGAAGAUGUAUUUCCCCUUUUACGUGGGAAACCUCAGCGUUGGCCGAUUUUUGGAAGAGGAACUACACAGCAUCAGAAACAUAUCAACUCUCCUGAAGACGGGGGAGGACGCUGUUGAAGCACUGAAUAGAAACACUAAAGUUGUGGCACUCAAUUAAAAAAAAAAAAGUUACUGCCUCUAAAAGCAGUCGAUGUAGCAGUGUGCAAUUAGGUUUGAUUUCCUUUUUUGCUCCUUUUUUUUUUACUACCUGUGUGUAAAUAAAUAUACAUAUUAUAUUAUAUUUCUCUCCAUAUGUAGCACAUACGAAAACAUUAUGAUUUGAACACAAAUCCUUUAUGUAAAAAGGUGUGAAUUUUGAUUUGACUUGAAGAAUUGCAGUGUAGUUUGAUACAUGUUUCCAAAAUGCUGUUCUGUUUUUUUUUUUUUUUUUUCGUUUUUUUUUUUUUUCCUCUGAAAAGCAGUGUGACUUUGACGCGGUCCCUAAUUGCUACAUUUAAAAACAAAAUCAUGGCUUUUUUAAAGUUUCUUAACAGUGUAUGUUCACUCCGUCAUCUUCCUAACGGUACAAAUGUAGCUCAUCUGUUUUUUAGUUUUUUGAUCCUUCCUCGGGUCACUUCAGUGUCACCAAGUGCAGAUUCUCCUAUAACAUCUAUUUCUCCCCGGAAAUCAACACAGGAAAAAAAAAAAAAAAAAGAAGUAAUAUUUCUGUUUGGACUUUUCAUCACCCCGAUUUAUUUAUUUUGUGAUAGGUGCUUUUUUU